CGUAUAUUAACAGUUAAACAAAGAUCAAAUAAAUUCUGAUUCUCAUAGGGUUUCGAUAUGGCAAAUAAACUCUACGGCUAUAGUUCGAGCUACGGAGCGGCCCCACCAUCAUCAGCUGCUGCCGCCGGCUACACUCCCCGUUCCGUUACCGACUCAUACCUUCCUGAAACGGUCAUGGGCCGGUACCUCGGAGCAUUUUCAGAUUCGGAUCCUUCUAAGUACUCGGUGACCUCUAUGUAUCUGACCCAGAGCGAAGCCCUCAGGUACUCGGCCGACAGAGGCAUUACUUCGGCAGCUGCCUCCGCCUCUUCGCAUUUGGCGCCGUGGACUCCACCGCCCGGUGUCGAUGUUUCUGCCGCCGUUGAACCCCUCAUCGCGGGCAUCAAGCGCUCUACUGAAGUGCUCUAUCAUCCGACUAUUUUCGGUGCCCAUAACUCAAUUGGGCAAAGUGAAGCUUGGUAUUCUACCAACUCUUUAGCAAAGCGUUCUAGAUUCGAGAGCGCAAGCAAUUUGCCUAUAUAUCCACAGAGACCAGGAGAGAAGGACUGUGCCCACUAUAUGCUCACACGUACCUGUAAAUUUGGAGAUAGCUGCAAGUUUGACCAUCCUAUUUGGGUUCCUGAGGGUGGAAUCCCAAAUUGGAAAGAGGUCCCUCUUGUUGCCACAAUUGAAUCCCUUCCUGAGAGACUAGGACAGCCUGAUUGCCCUUACUUUCUAAAAACUCAAAGGUGCAAGUAUGGUUCGAAAUGCAAAUUUAAUCAUCCAAAUGAUAAGUUGGCUACGGAUGGUUUGGAAAACACAGAUGUUUCUGUGUUACCAGAGAGGCCUUCUGAACCCACAUGUGCAUUCUAUAUGAAGACUGGGAAAUGCAAGUUUGGAGCAACAUGCAAAUUCCAUCAUCCAAAAGAUAUCCAGAUACUAUUAGGACAAGAGAAUGGUAACACAUGGCAGACUGAAUCAGCAGUUAACAUUGAUGAAAUAGCUGGACAUGUCAAUGUGGCUAAUGCUUCCAUUUCACUCACCCCAGCCUUAUUUCAUAAUUCCAAAGGACUUCCAAUUAGACCGGGUGAAGUGGAUUGUCCAUUCUACUUGAAAACUGGCAGUUGCAAGUAUGGUGCCACUUGUCGUUAUAAUCAUCCUCAUAGGAAUGCAAUCAAUCCACCUGCUGCUGCUAUAGGGCAUUCCAUUGUAGCCACUCCUGCAGCUAAUCUGAACAUUGGGGUUGUUCCAGCUGCCUCAAUUUUUCAAACUCUUGACCCUAGAUUGGCUCAUUCAACGCUAGGAGUGGGACCCACUGUCUACCCUCAACGACCUGGACAGACAGAAUGUGAUUACUAUAUGAAGACUGGCGAGUGUAAGUUUGGCGAAAGAUGCAGGUUCCAUCACCCAAUUGAUAGGUCUGCAUCAACAGCAAAGCAAGCUCAAGAGCAAACAGUUAAGCUCACUCUGGCAGGAUUACCUAGGAGAGAGGGUGCUGUUCACUGCCCAUAUUACAUGAAGACCAGCACGUGCAAAUAUGGUGCAACGUGCAAAUUUGACCACCCACCUCCUGGAGAAGUCAUGACUAUUGCAGCAUCACACAGAACAUCCACUUCUACUGGUGUAGAUGUGAGUGGGGCUGAAGCUGGAACUCCCUAAUGCAGUAGCAGUGAGGCCAUAAGCAUGGAUGAAAGGAAUGUACCGAGUCAUUUUUGGCCUUUGUUUAAUUAAAAAAAAAAAAAAACUGAUUUUCUUAUGGGAUUUAGCAGAAUACAGGUCAGGUAUGUCUAAUCAGCGCAAUGAAUGUAAUUCAUGUGCACUGAACGGGACACUGGAGAAACUCUGCAGUUUGUAUCCUUAUUUUCUUUUAAGCAGGUUGAAUAUCGUCUGUUGUAAUUAGCUUCUUUUUAUGUCAGGCCACAUUUGCUGUAUUGGGUUGUAGACUUUUUGCUUAAAUAUGAUCUUGCAUUCCUCCCAUAAGGGUUGUGUUUUCCUCCGGUUAAUUAAGGGGUAUUUACCGACUUUCAAACUUCAA